AGAAUAUGACCAAGGUCAAAAUUGCAGUUGUUGGUGCUGGGCUGAUUGGCCUCUCUACCGCCGUCUGCAUUUCAGAAUCUAUUCCAGGCUGCAGUGUGACUGUAAUUGCUGACAGAUUCACUCCCAACACGACCAGUGAUGUAGCAGCUGGGAUACUUAUUCCACAUGUUUUUCCAGGCACACCAGUUCAUCAACAGAAGCAGUGGUUUAAGGAGACCUUUGACCACCUUUCAGGAAUCUGUAAUUCCUCACAGGCUUCAGAGGCUGGGGUUCAUUGGGUAUCUGGCUGGCAGAUCUUUAAAACUGUUCCUGAGGAGAAUACACCAUUCUGGUCAGAUGUUGUUCUGGGGUUUCGCUCAAUGUCUGAAAAGGAGAUGAAGAAAUUUCCACAGCACAAAUUUGGUCAGGCCUUCACUACAAUCAAAUGUGACUGUCCACCCUACCUGCUGUGGUUGGAGAAAAAGCUGAAAGAAAAUGGAGGCCAUGUGCAUGCUAGGAAAAUUGAAGACAUGUGGGAACUACACAGUGACUAUGACAUCAUAGUGAAUUGCUCUGGCCUUGGCUCUCGGAAGCUCAUGAAUGACCGGAAGAUGUACCCCAUCAGAGGCCAGGUUCUCAAAGUUCAUGCCCCUUGGAUCAGACACUUCAUUCGUGAUGGUGAUGGAUUAACAUAUAUCUAUCCAGGGGUACAUGGUGUAACUUUAGGUGGGACAAGGCAAAAAGAUGACUGGAACCUGUCCCCUGAUCCCAAUACCAGCAAAGGCAUCCUUAGUCGAUGCUGUGCUCUUGAACCUUCACUUCAUGCAGUUCGGGAUGUAAAAGUGAGAGUAGGCCUGAGGCCAACAAGGUCAGCGGUCAGACUGCAGAAAGAGGUGUUGGUUCGAGGCAGUGAGAAGCUACCGGUCAUCCACAAUUAUGGCCACAGCAGUGGUGGCUUUUCACUGCAUCAGGGUACAGCCAGAGAGGCAACUCGGUUGACUAAAGAGUGUGUUGCAGCACUGGAAAUGUCCAGGUGUAGGGCAAAACUAUAAACUCCAAGGGGAAUCACCUUUUCUUUCUUGUGGUGAUUAGGAACCUAAUUGGAUUAGAAUGUUCUGAAAUAAUAAAGUCAGGAAAAGGGUUUCAGGGCUUACAA